CCCAGGCCCCUACCAUGUCACCUGAAGGCAGACACUAAACCAGCACUUUGCACGUUGGGGGGACGGCUGAGAGAGAUGCAUGGCAUCGCCUUGCCAGGGUACAAUAGUGAGCCUGGCCGACCCCAGGGUUAUAUGUCGCCCUACUGGUUCGUGCCCGUGUCGCUGACGAGGUCUCCAUUCUCUCCCGAUUCCUCCCUUUUACAUUGCACUAGAGAAUCGAACCGCAUCUCUUCGACGUAUCUGGUGCCCUAUUUUGCCAGCAGGCACAUGCGCACAACCCAUGGGCCCUCAGCAUUGCUGCUGAACCAUGGCCACACGCAGAGCCAAUACAUGGCGCAUUCGAGGGCUCGAUCUGCGCUGCGACGAGGGCUGCUGAGCGACUGCGAUGUCCACUCACUCGCCAUCGAGCACCACGGACGAUCUCAGACCGCCACGAUCAGCCUCACAAAUGGCGCAAGCGCAGUUCCAGAACGAUUGGGGCCCUGCGCCGAACACGUGGGGCAACAUGGAAACCCGGCUCUUGAUAGCCAGUUCCUGGGUUUGACCACCCUUUUCGCACCACCUAUCUCGGAUCAUAAGAUCGACAUCGUUGCCAUUUCCGGCCUUGGAGGCUAUGUAUUCGGCUUAUUUAAGGAGCGCGGCGGAGAGCAUAUGUGGCUGCGCGACGCCCUGCCUUAUUACAUUGUUGAUCCUGAGACGGGGAGACCGAUGGCCCGGAUCGUCAUCUACGGAUACCUGUCGCCCGUUGCGGAUAGCGAUAGUAUGCAAAACGUGGACGAUAUCGCGGGCCAGUUUCGCGAGCAGCUUUCUGGCCUUGUGGUGGUAGCGCUGGGAGGAGAUCCAUCGCCCCGGCCCGUGGUCUUUAUCUCUCAUAGUCUUGGCGGUCUGGUGCUUAAGGAGACUAUUAUAUCUCUGGCGGCGUCAGAUGACGACGUCGCCGCGAGAGUGCGUAGGGCCAUCUACGGCCUCAUUUUCUUCGGUGUGCCCCAUGCCGGAAUGGAUAAUACCUCGCUGAUGACGAUGGCCAGAGAGGGUCCGAAUAGGGAGCUCGUGCUGUCGAUCGGGCAUACUAACUCGUAGUUCCUGACCCGGCAGUAACGUCAGUUUCCUGGUGCGCUUGCGAAGAUGGGCCCGUAGCGGCGGGAGGUCUUUUGCUUCUACGAGACCUUGGAGUCGCCUAUAGCGAUAGUAAGCCAGCUAGCAUAUUCAAUUUUAUCUUUCAUAUCCCGU